AUGCACUCAUCCACCCUGGAAGCGAAGAGUUGCUGUCACAAUCUCAAGAAAUGGAUGGCUUGUCAACAUCCUCUCAGUUAUUACUACAAAGCCUUCAAAUAUCUUUUGCAUUCCAUCAUUGGUGAUCCCACUGAGCAUAGGCUGAGCUUGCCUAAUCCCACCAAAGAAAAACUGUCCAUACACGAUUUCACAAAGCUUCUUGUCAACACGUCACAGAACACGAGCCCAGUUGCAGUUGCAGCCACACUUCUCUCCACUGUGUCUGUGCCGACAGUGUUUCAGGUGGCUCUUCGCUACAUGUACAAGUUCGUUCCUUGUGAUUCAAAUGAGGUGGCCAACAUGCUUUUGCAAAAUGCCUUGAUCAUUGCGGCCAAUCAUCUCCACAUCAAUAACAUUCCCUGGCAUCUCCCAGGAGGUCACGGCUGUCAGUAUUGCAAACCACAUUUUGAAUCAUGGAUCAACCUUGGAAAAGCUUCUCAAUCACUGCCAGAAACACAAUUUGGGUCCCAAACCAUUGAUGCUGCCACAGAAGCCUCACAAUACUUCCUGUCUUGUGCCAUCCCUCCCGAAGAAUUCUGCAUGGACAACAUCAGAUUGGACAAGUCUGAGCCCAAGGAUUCCAUGGUCCAGCAGACUUAUCAAUGGGCUUUCGCCGAAUUCAACAUGGUGAAGCCUCUUCAUCAGCUCGCAUUGUUGGUGGGAAUGUAUGUCAGCAAAUUGAUCCCUGAUCUCUUCUACGAUACCGACAAUUGUCCCGACCAUGAUGUGUAUUCCACCAUAUUUGCUUUCACCAAGGUGGUGUGCAGGGUGCCUUGGAUGGCAAACACCAGUCACAAAGGCUGCAAGACAGCCGCUCAAUUUGUCAUGAUGGUUAUGGUAUAUAUCUUGGCCAGCUUCAAUCGCAGCAGCCCUUUGCAGUGUCAUUUCGACUGGGCCAAGUUGUUUCCAACACCAUGGGACAUGAAGCACAGUCACAAGGAACCAUCCGUUUUGUGGCCUCAUAAUGGUCAAUUAUCCAUCAUUUGGUGCUCACCUGGUCAGAUACCAUUUCCAUGGUCAUCUACUCGCAUCUAUACACUUUCCAUAGCAGAUAUCACCAGGAUCUCUCAGGUUCCGUCCAUCCAUGUCCUGUCCAUCCCCAUUGGAUGUUCUGAGUUCUUAUGGAUCAUGUUAAAUAGUCGCUGUGGGUACAACGAACAGACUUGGAGGAAUCUGCUCAGAUGGGAAACUGAGUCAGGCAGAAGUCGGGCAACUAAGUGCACUCGAAGCGCGGGAAUGUGCGAGUAUGCGCGGGAAAGCGGCGCUGGUAGAGCGCAAAUGCUUGGAGAGGUCUUGGAUCAUGCGAGGAGCGAGGAAUGGAUAUCAAGUGGAUACAAUGGAUGGAUGGACCUGAUGAAAGCUGAUGAAAAUGUGGGAAAGCGCACGCUUAGCGUGAGCGCGGGAGUCACCACAUGGUCAGCGCAAAGCGUGGGAGAGUUGUGCCUACCUGUGGAUAGGGAUGAGGUCGAUGUAGAAAUCAGGGGAUACGAGCCUGCAUCCACCCCAGAGUUAUCUGUCCUCGCACCGGAUCUCAUCCACAUUCAGACCACCCGUCCUGCAUCCGUAGCGGAUCGUAUAGAUCAUAAGCCCACAGGCUUGAUUCCUUCACUUUAUCACGGAGAAUUACUUUCUCAUACCGACCACAACUUUGGUCCACAUAACAUCGCUCAGAUGCUGUUUGGUCCUGCUAAGGCUUGUGCUAUAGGCAUGUCUUCUCAUACCUAUGUCAUCAACCCAGGCAUAGCAUUGUCGUCCCUUGGAAAAUGGAAGAAUGAUGAUACCAAUGCCAAGGAGUCACAAGGUCCAACUUCAGCACACUUCAAUACCCGUCCAGUGCAGGCAGAUGAGGCAAACAAUGAGCUGGCUGCUCAAAUCCAACACCUGGAUGCAGCAAUAGCAAAGACGAAAAUCAGGAUUGGGAAAACUUUGUCUGGAGACUGGAAUAACCCAGAAACAAUAGAUGAAGUACACUUCAAGGACAAGAACCAAUUGUACUUGUGUCAGCUGUACAACUCACAAGCAUCAGAAUGGGAGGCAUACAAGAAGUGUAUGAAACUUCUAGAGCAAGUGCGGACGGUCACAGAUGGUAAUGUCGACAAAUACAAAGAGGUUCAAGAGCAUCUGGAAAAAGUUAUAGGUCAGAUCAACAGUUUUAGCCAGUGGAGUGUUAUUUUAUAUGACGAAGUGCAUCCAGAUCCAACACUUGAGUCACAACCAGGUGUUACACAUCUAUAA